AGACGCGUCUAAUAACUAAUUGCUCUUUACCGUGGUCACUGCUAUGUCCUCGUCAACUUCGAAAGGUAAAGCACCUGCUCGUGCUAACGGCAGCUCCUCAAUCCAGGCCUACGAACUUCCAUGGGUGGAGAAAUACCGACCUGAGACACUGGACGACGUCGUGGGCAAUACUGACACGGUGGAACGACUGAAAGUCAUCGCGAAGGAUGGGAAUUGUCCACAUAUUAUUAUCUCGGGUAUGCCUGGUAUUGGAAAGACUACGAGUAUACACUGUCUGGCCCACCAAUUGUUGGGUGAUGCGUAUAAGGAGGGUGUCUUGGAACUGAACGCGUCAGAUGAAAGAGGUAUCGAUGUUGUUCGAAACAAAAUCAAGCAGUUCGCACAAAAGAAAGUUACUCUUCCCCCAGGACGACAUAAGAUUGUAAUUCUUGACGAAGCCGACAGCAUGACACCAGGAGCUCAACAAGCCCUUCGACGAACCAUGGAGAUCUACUCAAACACUACACGAUUCGCACUGGCAUGUAACAUGUCAAAUAAAAUCAUUGAACCGAUACAAAGUCGAUGUGCUAUCCUUCGAUAUUCAAAACUGAGUGACACCGAAGUCCUCAAACGACUGCUCGAGAUUUGUGAAAUGGAGAAGGUGGAAUAUAACGAAGAUGGCCUUGCAGCACUCAUAUUCACAUCAGAAGGGGAUAUGCGUCAAGCUAUCAACAACCUUCAGUCGACUUGGUCAGGUUUCGGCUAUGUCUCAGCAGACAACGUUUUCAAAGUCUGCGACCAACCACACCCAGUAGUCAUACAAGCUAUGAUCAAAGCAUGUUUGAAGGGAGAUAUCGACGCCGCGAUGGAGAAACUGACGGAUCUCUGGAAUCAAGGGUAUAGUGCCGUUGAUAUUGUCGUCACGAUCUUCCGAGUGGUGAAGACGUACGAUGAGCUUCCAGAGUAUACAAAACUGGAAUAUAUCAAGGAAAUUGGCUUCACGCACAUGCGUGUUCUGGAAGGUGUCGGCACUCUCAUCCAACUUGGCGGGCUUCUGGCUCGCUUAUGCAAAAUGAACUUGAAACCAGACUUGUUCAAGAUCUGAGGAUGAUUUUAGUUCUGUUUUGCCGUCUUUUCGAUCCUUGCCUUUCCACUCUUAACAUUUGUAUCCUUAUUACCUUCAAUCUGCAUACCAUACAUUCU